GGGGAAUUAUCCAUUGCUUUGGAUAAGAGAAGGGAGGAUGCUUUGCUUGCUGUAGGAAGCAACGCACCCAGCAAGCAAAACGUACAUGGAGGAUUGGAGGAGGGGAGCAAGCAAGCAAGGAACCAUGCGUUGUGCAGAGAAAAGAACAUAGCUGCCGACUGCCGUGUGGUUCCUUGCAACAGUUACACUACACACCUACCCCCUUCCGCCUCUCGAUCUCGGAUCGCGAUUGCAUUUCCUGCCUGCCGGCUCCUGUUCGAUCCGAGCGCGAGCGAGCGGACAUACCAAUGGAAUGAUGGGUUAGAUCGAUGCGCCUUCCUUAAAUUAAUUUCUCCUUGGCCUUUGGAGUUUGGACAGACCGAAGGAUCUUCUCCACGGGAACUGAAACAGGUGUUGGUCGAACCAGCGGAUUCAUGGGUUAGAUCGGCGUUCGUGAGAGCAUUUCCUGUCUGUUGUUGGUCUUCUAAUAAGGCAAGAGGGAUUUCAUCAUGGAAGAAUGGCCUAUCUACUCAAGAGAUGUUGAUGGCGCCAGAAAGGAGAUACUUGGUCGUAUCCGGCACGAGAGUGACAAAAGGGUCUUCUAUUUUAAUGGUUGGAUUGGCUUUGGGGCGGCUUCGGUUCUCAAAUCCAUAGAACAAGAACUUCGGUCAAUCAAAGCUAAGAAAAAUCCUUCAGAAUUAUGCUUUGACACAAUAAUUUACAUAGAUUGCUCAGCAUGGGAAAGUACAAGGGUGAUGCAGAGGAAAAUCGCUGAGGAGUUGAAACUUGACCGUGAAACAAUAGCCAUGUUUGACAAGCAGGAUGAGGAGGAUGACUUCAAUGGUGUGGACCAUGGCUCUAGGCAUGUGAUACGAAGAGUUUCGGAGGUGAUAGACCAAACCCUGGGCUACAGAAAAUUUAUCAUGGUUUUCCUUAAUGGAAGUGAUGAGGUUGAUAUAAGUAGAUUUGGUGUUAGCCCUAACUCUCGUGACCACGUAAUAGUAUGGACAUUCAAAAGACGGUCUUUGACUAUACAUGAUCACUGUGAUGAGAUAACAAGACAGCUAAGAUACACCCACCUUUUUUUCUAUAGUUCUUGGUCGGCUCACAAAUUACAAACUUCAGAGUUUCAUGCACUGCUGCGUGAAGAAGCAGCUAACAUAGUUGCUCGCCACCCAUGGAUGCAAGGUGUCGACUCAACAAUGGUAAUGGAGUGUUGCCUGUACGAGUUGUUCUUGCAAUAUAGUUUUCACAGGGCCACGGGAUUUGAUUGGGUGGCUCAUGCUCCAAACUACUGGAUGUGUGAUGGGAUAAUUAAGGGAGAUGGAACAAGGGAGAUUACUGAUGCAUUGCAUCAGGAAAUACAUUGGGAGUGUGAUGAUACUUCUCUGUUUGAUGAAGUGUUUGAAAUACUCAUGGAAGACCCAGAGGCUCCAUUUUUGGUGGUCAAGAAGGAUGGUAUUUCUUACUCUAGAGAGAGCCCAUGUUGUCGUUGGAUUUGUAUGACCUCAAAGAAUCUGACAAUACAAGAAGAUACAAAAGCUAUAUUGGAAAGGGCAUCAUCUUUGUUCGUAGCACUAGACAAGUCUGAGAACCCACAAGGCUCACCAAAUGUGUUUCUUAAACACUGCUGCAACCUUGGCGUGCUAAUUCUCUCUCAUUGCAGCUUCAGUUUUAUGUCACCUCCUUUCCUCCAGUGUGAGGGAUUGAGAUUCCUCGGAUUGGAUCACUGCACACAUGACAGCAGAAGUGAAGGUGGAGAGAACAAUGCAAACUGGGUGUGUCUGCAAAACCUAUGGGUGCUUGACUUACGUUACACAGAAUGGGAUGCUAUCUUAUCUGAAGAAAAUAUGGAUAUCAUGACCAACCUCAGGGAGCUAAAUAUUGAGGGAUUCAUGUGUUGGCAGUUAAUAAGUAGUAGAUUACAGGGAAGGUUGUGUUACCUCCAGAAGCUUCGGAUAAUCAAACCCACUCACAAAGCAGAGAUGCCAUCAAUAGAUUGCUACAAGUUAUUCAUGGAUAAAACAGAUUUGGAAAUACUUGAUUUGUCAGGUAAUAGAGACAUGGAAAAUCUGCCAGCAAACUUAUCAAUGGCAAAGAGCCUCCAGAUGCUUAUCCUUGAUGGUUGCGACGGGCUAGAGAAUGUUGCUGUGCCAGACGGGCUUCACUCUUCCCUAAGGUCAUUUAGUUUUGAUGGAUAUGGACCGGCAACCAAAGGGACGUCAUCCUUUAAGCUGCCCCUAGAAUUUUCUGAACCGAAGCAGCCCCAUGAUGCGGAUAAAAGGGGUGCCAAAACUUCCAAGAUAUCCCUACAAGGCUGCACGCAAUUGGAGAAUUUGUUUGUACGCGGACUACCUAACCUUGUGGAGCUAGACCUCUCAGGAAGUGCAAUCAAGGUACUUGACCUCAAAACUAUGGUGGUAGAUGUCCCAGAACUCAAGCGGCUCUUUUUGCUGGGUUGUGAGAACCUCUGUGCAAUAAUUUGGGGAUCAGAUGAUUCAAUAGGACAGGUAAAGGUGGAAGAGGUGUGCAUAGACACACGAGCUAAGAGGACACUUGGACUUACUCGGCCGUCUCUUGCCCAGCACAAACAUUUCAGCUUGCAGUUACAUGCUGUUCUUGCAGAUGCGAGGCUCGCUAGAUCCUUGUAUCGCCUGGUUGGUCCAAGAAACUAUGAGGGUAUUCAUUUCAAUAUCCAUGUCACCUCUUCAGUUGAGUACGGUGGGGGUGUUCAACUCGAAGCGACGGUCAAGGAGAAGACUGCAGGACCUAGUAAUAGUCCCCAGCACCAUGUUCUAGCGAGUCCGUAUGGUGAUGUAACCACCGAGAUCGGCAACAAUAAUGUCCCAAUGCUGGUGUUUCCACAGCCCCCGGCUCAACGGUCAGAUCGUCAUGUUGAGAUUAGUGGUGAGAGCCGAAGCUUGGGUAGUGAACUGGUGGCAGGAGACUCUUUAGGUCUGCGAGUGGCAGGAAACUCUUUAGGUCUGCUAACAAGAUAUUUCGCCGAAUCCCUGCACGUGCAUGAUGCCGCAACCAGCGCUAGCAUGAACUCGGGGGCCUGGGAUCGCCUGAAGUGGUGCCACGUGGAGAGGUGCCCCAACAUGGAUACCAUCUUCCCUGCAAAGUCAAUAGACUAUGAAAAUCAACUACAGACCAUCUGGGCAUCGGAUCUCCAGAUGGCCCGGUGCAUUUGGAGCCAAGGUGUCAAAAUCAUCAGAUAUGGUUCCUUCCAAAAGCUGCAGCACCUGCACCUGCGUUCCUGCCCGAGGCUCCAGUUCGCGCUGCCGGUGUGGGUCGCCUCCUUCCCCAGCCUGGAGACCCUCCACAUCAUCCGCUGCGGCGACCUCACGCACGUCUUCGUGCUGGACCAAGAGUACCCGGAGGAGAUAGUCGCCCGCGGCGUACCGUUCCCGAAGCUGACCACCAUCCACCUUCACGACCUGCCGAAACUGCAGCGGAUAUCUGAGGUCAAGAUGCUCGCGCCGGCGCUCGAGACCCUGAGGAUCAGGGGGUGCUUCGGCCUGCGCCGGCUGCCGGCGUUGCCUGGCCGCGAGCCCGGCGUGAAGCGGCCGGCCGUCGAGGUGGAGAAGGACGUCUGGGAUGCGCUGGAGUGGGACGGGCUCGCCGCCGGCCACCACCCCAGCCUCUUCGAGCCCGGGCACUCGCGCUACUACAGGAGGAGGCGCCUCCUCAGGGGCACCGUUCUCAGGUGAAUCCUGAGCCGUGCGUCAACACUGCCGCUGCUGCCACGGGAGAUGGCCGACUCGUUCGCCCUCUACGAUGGACGCUGGUCGGGCAGGGUUGCUGGCUUGCUGGGACGAUGCUGAUGCUGCUGCAGGCUGCAGCAGCUGCCUUUGGUUGAUUUUGUUGUUGACAAGGGUAGGGGCCUCAGGUUGGCUUCCUGCUUGCGCUAAUGCUGGCCGAGUUGGCCUAGCGGAUGCCGCGUGCUUUGGAAUAAAAAUGCCGCCGGGUUUUCUGCCUGCGCGCGUGUUGCGUUCAGACGGUCAGACACCGGCCGGCGUGUGUGCUCGAGUGUGUGGCUUGCGAUUGGAUCCGAGACAAUGAAGCAGCAGCAGUAGCUGGGUCUGGGUGUGCCUGCCCACCUGCUGUAUGUGUGUGUUUGAUGUUGUGUGGCUUGAUGAGUGCCUGCUACUCCGUUUGGAACGGAGUGCGGAGCUAAUAAGCAGCAGCUGCGUGUGUGUGUGUGUGCACGCGAGCGUGCCUGUCGUGGAUGCGCACUGAGUUUGCUUGCUAUGUAAUGUUUGAUGAACCAAGAGACAUCUGGUUUGUGUGCCUGAUGCCGACUUCUGUGAUUUGUGAAGCAUUUAUUAAGCUUCAAUGUAUGGUGUUUGUGGUGCGUGAAUUAUUCUUGCGAGCGUCAGCAGCUGGGAGAUAAGGCUCUGUAUUAAGCAGAACAUGUUUUGGCAUCUACCAUCUAGCCAUCAACACAAGGAAUUAGCUUGUGAUGCAACACUGAAAUGGCACCAUCCUGACGAGUUCUUAA